AUGGCUAACAUCGUCAGUGAGCCUACGCAUUUAUUGGGUGGCACUUUGGACUUGGUUGUUCCUAUUGACAACUUAUCAAUUGUAAGUUGUUCGGUUCAGCCUAGUGGUGUCAUUUCAGACCACAGUUUUAUUGAAGCGAGUAUGUCGCUUAGCCUCCCCCCAUUUGUAAAGACCAAAAAACAUGUUCGUUCAUGGUCUCGUGUUGAUAAUGAAAAGUUUAUAGCUUUAGUUGAAAAACACAUUUUUAGAAAAAAUUUUGAUUUCAAAACUGUUGAUGAAGCAGUUGAUUUUUUGAAUGUGAAAUUCGUUCCAUUGUUGAUAUGGUUGUACCAUUGCAUGAGAUUGAAUCGAGAUAUGUACCAACAGCGCCUUGGUUCGAUUUUGUUUGUCGAGAGUGUAAGCGAAGCUGUAGAAAAUUUGAGCGAAUAA